CUCUGGGCUUCCCCGUGGGGCCUCCCAGGGCACCUGCCCAAGGCCACCCAGCGCGCCAGCCCAGGCAGCGCCGGUGGAGCGGAGCCGGACCUCCCAGCGGCCGAUGGGGGCGGUGACCGCCCGGGGCCUUCCCACGGUUCGGUGGCGCGUCACCGCGGGGGCGAGGGGGCGCCGGGGCGCCCUGGGCUGCGGUGCAGGAAAGGGCCCUGGGAAAGGGCGGCGUUGGCUCCUGGGCCGGGGCGGGGCUGAGGCGGGGCCCAGAGACCAACUCCAGGGAUCGCAGGGCUGGGACCCCGCAGCCAGCUUUCGCCAUGAAGCGGCCCAGGGCGCCCAGUGGCUCCGACGGCGAGUCUGAUGGACCCAUCGACGUGGGUCAGGAGAACGAUCUUAGCCAGAUGGCCAGACCGCUGACCACCCCCAGCCCUUCGCAGAUGCAAGCCCGGAAGAAGCGCAGAGGGAUCAUAGAGAAACGGCGCCGAGACCGCAUCAACAGCAGCCUGUCUGAACUGCGACGAUUGGUCCCCACUGCCUUUGAGAAACAGGGCUCCUCUAAGCUGGAGAAAGCUGAGGUUUUGCAGAUGACCGUGGAUCACUUGAAGAUGCUCCAUGCCUCUGGUGGCGCAGGGUUCUUUGAUGCCCGAGCCCUGGCUGUUGACUUCCGGAGCAUUGGUUUUCGGGAAUGCCUUACUGAGGUCGUAAGAUACCUGGGGGUCCUGGAAGGACCCAGCAGCCAUGCAGACCCCGUCCGGAUUCGCCUCCUCUCCCACCUCAACAGCUAUGCAGCAGAGAUGGAACCCUCGCCCACAACCACCGGUGCCCUGGCCUUUCCCGUGUGGCCCUGGUCCUUCCUCCAUAGCUGUCCAGGCUUGCCUUCCCUGAGCAGUCAGCUAGCCAUCCUGGGAAGAGUGCCCGGCCCCGUCCUUCCCAAUGUCUCUUCUCCCCCUUACCCGAUCUCAGCCCUGCGGUCCGCACCAGUGCACAGAGUUCCUGGUACCAUUCCCCCAGCCCAGCGGAAUUUGCUGCCCAGCCGAGGGGUGACUUCCUCCCAGAGAGCCCACCCUCCUGAGAGGCCAGCUGCCCCUCCACCCACAGCCCUAGGUGUCAGGGCCGCCAGGAGCAUAGUCCCCAUCCUGCCGUGUUCCUCCCCAGCAGCCCCUGGAGCUGGGAAAUCUGAUGACAGUGCGUCUGGUUCUAUCUCUAGUCCGUCUCCUUUGGGACCAACGGGGAGGCCUGCGGGAGCAGUGUUCUACCACUCCUGGGUAUCAGAAAUCACUGAAAUUGGGGCUUUCUGAGCUGACUCCCACAACCAUCCCCUAGGAAUGAGGAAGGUUCUUUAUUUUCUCUCCCUGAAGCCCUAAAAGUGGUUGUCAUGUUUUCUGUUUUGUUUUCUCAAAUGGCUUCUCUGCAGAGGCACCUCUCCUCACCCGUCAGAGCCCCACUCCCUCACCCUCCUCACCACUGACCCCGAUACUUACCUGGCUCCCUGCAGCCUUUUGAGAGCUCAGAGCCUCAGUCUCAUUUCCCACUGACACAGAGGAGUUGUGUGGCGUCUUGUGAGCCCUUAGGCACUGUGGGUCCAAAGCCAGGUUGCUCCAAUGAAGAGGUGAGACACACAGCCCACCUCAGUCGGGACGACCGGUGGGAUUCAGCCAUCCCAAGCCAGCAGGAUAGAAUGUACUCCCUGCUUCCCUUCCUGAAGACAGAAACGGAGCAGGGGCUGCGGAGAAGUCUCUGUGGCUCACCCCACAACAGUGAAACACAGAACUGUUCUCUGGUACUUCUAAGGCCUGCAGCUACCAUCAUCCCAACUUCAGUUGUCCAGAUGAUCGCCUACUGGCUUGACACACCAGGCCAGGAGGAUUCUCCACAGAAUCGAAGCUCUGUGGCAGGGCAUCCUCACUAUCAGGCUUCUAAGUUGCUUCAGAUAGGAGCCAGGGUUGGGAAGGUAACAGAAGAACCCAGCUCCCUGUCUCUCAGGCACCACCAUCCUCCAGAACUACAGCCCUUCCCACAGGGUUCCCAGUGUGGAGGACCAGUGACCCUGAUGGUGGAACCCCCCAAGAGGCUUUCUCUUGGGAUUCAGCCCCAGACAUCUGAGCUGCCUGGUUUGCAUCCGGCUCCCAGAGCCCAGACCGCUGCCACAGCCAAGGGCUGUCAGGCUGGAUAAAAAUAACUCAGAGGAGGGGGAGAACCACCAGAGGUGGCUCUUCAAGGUCAUGGAGUGGGUUGAGGGCCUGAGAGCCUGCUCACCCAGAUUUCGCACAGCUGGCUCUGCUCAGAAGCCGGCUCACGCCUCAGCUCCGCCUCAGGCCCCAGGCUUCUAGUGGGAAUAAAUGGCUGGUGGAACAACAGAGCCUGAACCAACAUUUAGGGUUGUCCCAUAAUCAAAGUGUGGAAACAUUUCUGUCCUCUAUGGUGAACACCUGCUCCCCACGGCGCCCUCCAGGACCACCCAGCAUGCCCUCCGGAAGCACCCGGUGAGAACCUAGAACUCACUACCCUGCUGAUCAUGAAAGACGUUCAAGAUCACCCUGGAAAGCCCCCUCCCCCCAACAAACCCCAUUCCCAGACUUUGAUGGAACUGUGGUCCCCAGAGCUGUUGUAAGGAGCCUGUGACCGCAAGAUUAGAGUUUGAAAAAGCCAUGGAGCAAAACGGUCACUUCAGAAAAGUGGGACAGAGGGCAGAGGUCACCUGAGUGACCCAGAAAGUGCUUGCGAAUAGGUCAAGAAGACAUAAAGGCUCCCUUUUCUCCCUAAUGAAAGCAAGCUCUUUUUAAUAUUGCUGCCAUAGUGGACCUCUCUGAGGGCGUGCAUCGCUGUGGUGUGCAUCACCAGCCUGCCGAUGGAGACAGAUACAGGGACAGCAGGACAGUCUUGCAGGCCCCUGCGAGUGGGGAGAGGAGGCGGUAAAGGUCCCGGAUAUUCAGGUCUCUCUGCAAGCCUGUGGUUUGGCAGCCUCCUAGCCAGAGGUUGAGUGUGGGAAACAUUUCUAGGCUGCAGGUACUCAAACUGCAGAACCGUCUCUUGACACCGAGAUGGCAGAGGCCGCUGCACCCUUUCAGCAUCCAUCCUGAUUGGUCUUGGGCUCAUUCUCCCAGGAGACUGGGCAGGCUACCCCACCCACACCCACACCCACACCCACACCCACACCCACACCCACACCCACACCCAGCUGAGAACUCAAGUCCCCUGUUUCCAGUCCCAGGCGGAACUCUCUGGUGUCCCCAACACUCAUCCCACUGCGGGGUGUUGCAGACAAGUAAUAAAGAUGUUUGUUUCCUUCCACCAGACUCUACGUGCUAAGUAUUUCUGGAGUCUUUGAACCUACAGCCCCUGGUCUGGCAAUGUCCCUUCUCCCCUAGAUUCUCCCCAGCUCCCUUGCUUCUCUCUGGCUGUGCCAUCAGUUCUGAACAGCCGCUGGAGAGAACAUAGCAUGGGCAGGGCACAUUGCAUCAACCCAGCCUCAAACCUAGACACCCCCCCCCCCCGCACCCUGCUAUUCUCGUGAUGACAACCAGAGCCCUUUUUACAAUCCAAACACGAUUCCUAGUCUUAUUUCUUGCUGGCCCCAAUCUUGCUCAGUGCUUAUGCAACACUGGCCUAUUCUCUUCCACCUUAGAGCUGCUCAUAUGAGGGUCCCAGAAUGCCCCCCUUUAUGAGGCGUACUUGAGCCCCUCAGACACCUCCUCCUGGAGGCCUUCCGGGACUAAUGUGCUUGAACAGCUCGUUCAUCUGAGAAGCCCAUUGUCUCCUGUCCUGGAGAGUUAGCUGAUGUCUAGCUACUUAUGUGUCUACUUGAUUGGGUAUGUUCCCCACUGGAACGUAAGCUCAGUGAAGCCAGGGGCCAGAGCUGGCCCGUGCUCCCAUCUGCACUUGGCACGGAGCACAGUGCCUAUCUAUCAAUUUCUGUUGCAUAAAUCGAUCGAGGAGGUGAGACAGCUUCUGGUUUCCUGCUCUGGCUGGCCGACUCUGCUGGAGUGGGUUCUACCUCCAUUCCUGCUGGCUGACUUUGAGAGGAGGCAGGAGAGCCAAGGCCAAAGGACUGGGGGUUCUGGAAGAAUGGUCAGAAGGCCCUGGCCAGAGGAGACGCAAGCGUGUUGGCCCUGGAGUGAAUGCUGACAGCUGAGCCUGCCAGCGGGUUUGUUCUUUGCUCUUGGCCUGGCUCCUUGAUACAUCUAGCUCCUAACAAGCCCAGCAUUCACGGAGAUCUACUCUGCGCCAGCCAGGCCUAGCAGAGCCAACAGUAACAAACACAUGGUCACUCAGAGGACAAUAUAUCCUCUACCUAGAUAAGAGGGCCAUGAGACAGUCCAUGGAAAAGGCAGAGGGCUGCAGAGCCGGGUAGGUAUUUCUGGCUAGGUAGGAAGUGGGAGAGGGCCUGGAAGGAAGCCCUCCCAGAGGAGGGCCAGGGGACUCCCUUUUACAGAUCUAGAGGCUGACCCAGGUUCUGAACACAUGUGGAAGAAGGGCUAGCCUGAGCUCUGAAACUAAUCUUCUUUAUUACACGCUUGCUAAUGAGGAAUCAUUUUCUUCAAGUUCUUUGUCCUUCUUGAACUUAAUGUUUCCAUCUGUAAAAUGGUUAUGUUGUAGCAAUGGCUCCCUACAUGUGUGCAUGUAUGUACACACAACUAAAUAAAACUGUCACAUUUUUUUUAAAG